AACGAAAGACCCAUAAUGGCAUAAUCAAUGUCAUUCUUUCUGUAACUCGUAACUGACGCAUGUAUGCAUUUUAUAUAUAAACAGCAGGAGCUAUACCAUUUCGCCUCUAUCUCUCGUUCUCUUCUUUCCCCGUCUCUCUCACUUCUCUGCUACUUUAAUCUGUCUUAAGUUCAUAGUUUUGCAUUAACUUGAUUAUUGGAUUUUUUGUUUUUUCAAAAUCCAAUAAACCAAUAAUUAGUGGAUUCUUUUGAAGCCAUGAAAGGUAACCAAGAAAAAUCAUCAGAAAAUCAAGAUGGAGAAAAAAGAGCCUUUAACCCCCCACCAGAGAAUCAGAAAGUUCCAAUCUUGAAGCUUUUCUCUUUCGCAGACAGGCUCGAUGUGGCUUUGAUGAUUAUUGGCAGUGUCUGUGCCAUUGGCAAUGGGCUUGCUCAGCCUCUGAUGAGUCUCAUAUUUGGCCAGCUUAUCAAUUCCUUUGGCACAGCCAACCAAUCCAAUGUUGUGGAUCAAGUGUCGAAGAUGGCAAUAAAGCUGGUCUACUUGGCUGUUGGUGCAGGCGCCGCAUCAUUAUUACAGGUUUCAUGUUGGAUGGUGACCGGAGAAAGACAAUCUGCUCGCAUUCGAAGUCUGUACUUGAAAACAAUAUUAAGACAGGACAUUGGCUUUUUUGAUACUGAAACAACAACCGGUGAAGUGAUUGGAAGAAUGUCAGGUGACACGGUUCUCAUUCAAGAUGCCUUAGGUGAAAAGGUUGGGAAGUUUAUACAACUAUUAUCAACAUUUUUCGGAGGCUUUAUCAUUGCUUUUGCACGAGGAUGGCGUCUUGCACUAGCUCUAGCAUGUUGUAUUCCUCUUCUUGCAAUAGUUGGAGGAUUCAUGGCACUGAUCAUGACAAAGAUGUCGAGCCGUGGGCAAAUUGCUUAUGCAAAUGCAGGAAAUGUAGUAGAAGAAACAGUUGGAGCUAUUAGAACGGUAGCAUCCUUCACAGGGGAAAAGCAUGCAAUUCGGAAGUAUAAUGAAAAGUUGAAAAUAGCAUAUGAAUCUGCUGUUCAUCAAGGGCUGGCAUCAGGGUUAGGAAUUGGAGCAAUGAUGCUUGUUAUCUUUUCCACUUACGCACUUGCCAUAUGGUAUGGAUCCAGAUUGAUUAUAAGCCAUGGUUAUAACGGUGGACAAGUCAUUACUAUUAUUACAUCAAUCAUGACAGGUGGAAUGUCAUUGGGUCAGACUUCUCCCUCCUUGAAUGCAUUUGCAGCAGGGCAAGCUGCAGCAUAUAAAAUGUUAGAGACCAUCAAACGAGUACCGAAAAUAGAUCCGUAUGACACCAGUGGGAUGGAAUUGGAAGACUUUAAAGGAGAUAUUGAACUGAAAGAUGUUCAUUUCAGAUAUCCUGCCAGGCCUGAUGUUCAGAUCUUCUCUGGAUUUUCAGUGAAAAUUCCAAGUGGGAAAACUAUAGCUUUAGUUGGUCAAAGCGGCAGUGGGAAAUCAACUGUUAUUAGCCUUGUUGAGAGAUUCUAUGAUCCUGAUUCCGGUGAAGUGCUUAUAGACGGCAUUAAUUUAAAGAAGUUGAAGCUCAGUUGGAUAAGACAGAAGAUUGGGCUAGUUAGUCAGGAACCUAUCUUGUUUGCAACAAGCAUAAAGGAGAAUAUAGCAUAUGGCAAAGAAAAUGCAACUGAUCCGGAAAUUAGAACUGCAGUUGAACUUGCCAAUGCUGCUAAAUUCAUCGACAGAAUGCCUCAGGGGCUUGAUACAAUGGUAGGUGACCAUGGAACCCAGUUAUCAGGAGGUCAAAAGCAAAGAAUUGCUAUUGCAAGGGCCAUAUUAAAAAAUCCUAAAAUUCUCCUUCUUGAUGAAGCAACAAGUGCAUUAGACGCAGAGUCUGAACGCAUUGUCCAAAAUGCACUAGACAAUAUUAUGUGCAAUAGGACAACUGUGGUUGUUGCACAUCGUUUAACAACCAUCAGAAAUGCUGACAUUAUUGCUGUGGUGCAUUUGGGCAAAAUUGUGGAGCAAGGAAAUCAUGAGGAAUUGAUACAGAAUCCAGAAGGAGCAUACUCCCAGCUAAUUCGCCUUCAAGAAGGAGCUAAAGAAUCUGAACAGUCCCAACACUCAGAUUCAGAUGCUUCAGAAACCAGUCCGAUAAUUGAUAGGUCAGGAAGCCAGAGACACUCUAUGCAGAGAUCAAUAAGUAGAGUUUCAUCAGGAAGCAGGCAUUCUUUCACAAUUAGUAGUGUAGGCUUAGGUGUCCCUGGUGAUGUUAAUAUCCUUGAGAUAGAAGACUGUGAAGAGGACAGUAAAGGAAAGAAGAAGGCUGAACAAGUUCCAAUGAGACGACUUGCAUAUCUAAACAAGCCAGAAUUGCCAAUUCUUUUGCUCGGAACUUUAGCUGCAGUUGUUCAUGGUGUAGUUUUCCCAAUAUUUGGCCUGUUAAUAUCAACAGCCAUUAAAGUGUUCUAUGAGCCUCCCAACAAGCUGCGAAAAGAUUCUAAGUUCUGGGCUUUGGUAUAUGUGGGCAUUGGUUUUGUUACUUUUAUUGCUCUACCAGCACAGAACUACUUAUUUGGAAUUGCAGGGAGUAAAUUGAUUGAGCGAAUUCGUUCCAUGACAUUUGAAAAGGUUGUGCACCAAGAAAUCAGCUGGUUUGAUGAUCCUGCAAAUUCUAGUGGUGCUGUUGGAGCAAGAUUGUCUACAGAUGCCUCAACAGUUAGGAGUCUUGUUGGUGAUACAUUGGCCUUAAUUGUGCAAAACAUAGCGACUGUGACAGCAGCAUUGCUUAUAGCAUUCACAGCCAAUUGGAUUCUAGCAUUGAUAAUAGUUGCAAUAUCACCGUUGUUACUAUUCCAAGGUUUUAUUCAGGCAAGAUUUACGAAGGGGUUCAGUGCAGAUGCCAAGCUGAUGUAUGAAGAAGCAAGUCAAGUGGCAAAUGAUGCAGUAGGGAGCAUUAGAACUGUUGCAUCAUUUUGUGCAGAGAAGAAGGUGAUGGAUUUGUACCACAACAAAUGUAGUGGUCCUGUAAAACAAGGCAUUAGGCUUGGAAUUGUUAGUGGUGCUGGUUUUGGAUUCUCAUUCUUUGUUCUCUAUUGCACAAACGCAUUUUGUUUUUACAUAGGAUCUGUUCUUGUCCAACAUGGAAAAGCAACUUUUUCAGAAGUUUUCAAGGUUUUCUUUGCAUUGACAAUCGCAGCAAUUGGGGUUUCCCAAUCCAGUGGCUUGGCUCCAGAUAAAAGCAAAGCCCAGGAUUCAACAGCAUCAAUAUUUGCCAUUCUCGACAGAAAGUCAAAAAUUGACUCGAGUAGCGACGAAGGCAGCACACUUACACAUGUAAAUGGUGAAAUUGAGCUUAAACAUGUCAGUUUCAAAUACCCAACGAGACCUGACGUUCAAAUUUUCCGCGACUUGUCCCUUAUUAUCCCCUCAGGAAAGACAGUUGCUUUGGUCGGAGAAAGUGGCAGCGGGAAGUCAACAGUAGUUAGUCUUAUAGAAAGAUUUUAUGAUCCUGAUUCUGGCACUGUACAUUUAGACAAUGUAGAAAUCAAGAAACUUAAACUAGGUUGGCUAAGACAACAAAUGGGAUUAGUAGGACAAGAACCAAUACUCUUCAACGAAUCAAUCCGUGCAAAUAUUGCUUAUGGCAAGCAAGGAGAUGUUAGUGAGGAAGAAAUAAUUGCAGCAACAGAAGCUGCUAACGCACAUAGCUUCAUUAGCUCAUUGCCACAUGGCUAUGAUACUUCUGUCGGAGAACGAGGGAUCCAACUAUCCGGUGGGCAAAAGCAAAGAAUAGCCAUCGCAAGGGCAAUAAUAAAGAAUCCAAAAAUUCUUUUGCUUGACGAGGCAACAAGUGCACUAGACGCAGAGUCAGAAAGGGUUGUACAAGAUGCAUUAGAUAAAGUAAUGGUGAAUAGAACCACCGUGGUUGUUGCUCACCGCCUUGCAACUAUUAAAGGUGCUGAUAUAAUUGCUGUAGUCAAGAAUGGAGUAGUUGCUGAGAAAGGAAGACAUGACACACUCAUGAAGAUCACAAAUGGAGCUUAUGCUUCCUUGGUGUCACUUCACAUGAGUGCAUCGUAAGGGGAAAGGACAACUCAUGCUUAGAGAGUUUUGAGUUAUGUGAAAGGAAAAUAAUAUAUAUGUUUCUGGAAUUUUAUUUCAAUCAUAGAUUUUCCAUUUUAGCAUGAAGGCAUGGAAAAGAUGAUAUAGGCAUAAAAAGGGUAAAGAAAAAAUAGGCAUCAUUAUUUUCCUUCCUGGAGCUUCUGUUUCCAUAUGCAAUAUGAGCACUACACAAUUGUAUGGAAAGCUUUCCAGUGAGAAAAGCUAAAACAAAUGGCAGAUGCGAGGGAAAAGUUUCUCUUGCGGUCAUGAAUGACAGGAUGAUAAAGUUUCUCGUUUUGCUGUUACAGAACAGAACAUCAACGUUAAGAGUCAUUGAUGAA